AUGCUGCUUCGACCGCAAUUCGUUGCGCAUCUCUCGAGGCGACACUCACCGUCUCUCUUUCCUUUACGUAUCAUUGCGCCUGGCCCCUACAGCCAGGCGGCAAAAUUUGCGUCCUCAAGGUCAUCUGACCCUCCCGACCCUCAGGAUGUCGAGCUAGCCAGAACGUGGCUGCAAGCCUUCCAGUCCGGCGUGCAGUCCAUUCCCCGCCAGCUCGGCCAGAUUUCCUUCAGCCGUUCAAGUGGCCCUGGCGGUCAAAACGUGAACAAGUCGGUGCAAGCCCGAUCCACUUCCACAGGUCCCCUGUCCCCCUAUCAAAUCUCUCUGGUCAAUUCAAAAGCUACCUUAAAAGUACCUCUGUCCGCGCUGCUUCCUCUGGUGCCGCGCUUGCUCCAUCCCCCACUGCGGGCCUCGCGCUUUGCGACCGAACGGUCGCAGACGCUGGUCAUUCAGUCGGAUGAAUCGAGACAGCAGUCGGCCAACGUGGAGGCAUGUUAUGAGAAGCUGAAUCAGCUUCUAAUCAGCUCGGCAAAGGAGAUGAUCCCCGGUGAGACUUCUCAGGCACAGAGGGACCGCGUGACUAAAUUACAGCGCGCUCAAAACGAAUCUCGGCUGCAGUCCAAAAAGUUCCACAGCAGCAAGAAGAGUAACCGCCGUGGCGGUAAAUACGACGACUAA